AUGUCGUCCAGCGUCGAAAUGAAUCAACGCAUUGCAAGGCUCUUAGCUCAUCUCUACCCUCCAAAUAUGCAGGUGGAGGACAGCAGUUCUGCUGUGAGAAGAGCUGAUUGCAGAGCCAAAGGAGGAGCACCUGGUUUUAAAGUGCCUAUUUUGGGUGCUGCUGGAGGCAUCGGACAACCCCUUGCAAUGCUUAUGAAAAUGAAUCCACUGGUCUCAGUUCUUCAUCUCCGUCAAUUCCCCAGCGUCACAGCUGAUAUUAGUUACAUGGACACCCGUGCUGUGGAAUUGCAAGGUGUCAACUUGAUCAGUAAUCCAGUGAACUCUACAGUUCCUAUAGCAGCUGAGGUUUUCAAGAAAGCUGCCGUCGCCCCAUUAUUAAAGAAAAUCUCAUACUGUGCUUUUGGUGGUGGCCCUGGUGGGUCUGGCUCCAGCCAUCUACAUGAAACAAGGCCACCACCAAAAGCACAGUAUGAGAUUUUCUUUAAUAAUGGGGCGACGGCUGCAAUUCCCCAUAGUACGGAAAAAGCGACGGAGGAACUUCACGGUGGCCUUGUCACACUUGUUGGGCUGAUAUCUCUUUCUUCCCUUGGGUUUGGAGCCGCCGGGGACCAUCGUCUUGGGAGGGAGGAAGCAGCUGCAGUUCAAUGCCAUGGAAGCUCUUGA